GAAAAGAGGAAGCUUUACAUUUUGUGAAAUGAUAACAUUUAUGAUAAACUAAUAGGUUAUUUAAUUUAAUAAAUUGCAAGAAACGGCGUUCAAUCUACACCGUAAUUAAAAGGUAACUGUUUUAGUUACCUAUACAAAACGUUUGACUUAAGUUAGCGCCGCUAAGGUUGUUAGCUUGGCUAACUAUAAACUUUGAAAAGAACAAGACAACGCUUCGAAAAAGGUUUUAUGUAUGAGACACGCUGGUUCUUAUAAGAACAUCUAGUAGGUCGUACCUCGGGUAUGAAUAGAAAACGGGCUCUGGUUUCCGACGCUUUCAAACCGAAGAAAAGGAGAAAUGGCACAGAAAAGUUUGGGGCUGGUGACGAAGGUGGUGAACCAGCUGACAUGAAAUCCACCUUGGAGAACCUCAUGACUUUAUUUCCCAGAAAGCUCUUUAACGACACAUUGCCUCCUAUUGUACUGAAGCAUCAGUUGUACAGCGUACACAAUGACAAGACCCUGGUGGAUAAGGAAGUGAAUAAACUCCAGGAGAGUGGGGAGCUGCUGAUGUUCCAGCUCGGGUUUGACUCUGAAGCAUUCGGGCUGGUGUUUGCGUCAGACUACAAGACCAAAGUACUGGCCGGCGAAGAGGGGAAAGCAACACAAGCAACUGUUGAAAAGUUCCUGGAGAAAGUGGUGUCCUCCUGCACAGAUCUGAGCUUCAGCAAAGACAAGAUGCUGAGGGAGUUUCUCUUCACAGACUCUGAGAUAACGCAGCUGGUGAAGUCAGGGGUCCUGACUGUGAGGGAUGCUGGCAGCUGGUGGCUUUCCAUUCCCAAUUCUGGCAAAUUCACAAAGUAUUUUAUUCAAGGACGUAAAGCAGUGCUUGGCAUGGUGAAGAAGUCCAAAUACAGCGAAGUGUUACGAGUCAAUCUAGAGGAGCGGCGAACAACCUCACACGUGAAAUUUCCUAUGAAAUAUCACGUCCAUGACAUUGUUGGGGCAGAAUUGGUAGAAAGCAUACCUACGACUUCGGGGACUUUGUUACGAUUUGCAGAUUCCUGAGCUGCUACUGAGCAGCUGGAGGGUUUCUGAAGAGGAGAUAUGUGAAAAACACCCAAAGGCUGAAACUUUUGGGAUGCCACUAAAUAAAUAAACUUUUCACUUUAAGAUGUAAAGUUUUGGCCACAUGUAUUAUCAACCCAGUGUCGGUUAAUGAAUUGUACAUUUUAUUGACAUGAGAUUAAAUGUUGGGUUAUCUUGUAAUAAAAAAUUACUGUAGCCA